AUGACAGCAGGACCCAGUAGGAUGUCCGAGGAUACUGCCAACCCCGCACCUCUCCCAGUGCAACGUCUGCGCCGUCCUACAGCGACCCGGCUGCGGUCUUCCCUCGUCGUUCCUUCCAUCGCACAGGUCCUCAACGAGCUGGUCCAAAACGCCCUGGACGCUGGCGCGCAGCGUAUAGAGUGCUGGAUCAACCUUGUUUCGGGAAACGAGACUGUUAGAGUCGAGGAUGACGGCGAUGGCGUAAGGCUAGAGGAUCUGGAUCAAGUGGGUGAACGCAACGGUAGCAAGGAGGUGUACGAGAUGGGCGGCAAGGCGGACACGUACGGCUUUCGCGGCGAGGCUCUUGCUUCUAUAGCGGCUCUGUCCCUGGUCGAGUUCACCACCCGCGUCGCCGGUGGUCCAUCCAACUCGAAGAUUAUCAAGAACUCCAAGACCCUCUACCAAGGCGCAGCACGGACCGAUCUCUCUCGACCGCACGGCACGACUGUGACCGUCCGAAACCUCUUCAACGCCAUCCCAGUCCGGCAGGCUGCCAUGGCAUCCAGCACAUCCAGCUCGUUAUCGGCGUGUAAGCGCGUCAUCGAGUCCCUGGCGCUUGCGCGACCCCAGGUCCGCUGGACACUGUGGGAGGAGCGUCCGGGUGGAGCGAGGAAGGUGGUUUCGAUACAAGGCGGCAAGACCGCUCUGGACGUCUUUCGCAUGUUGUACGGCAACGCGGGCGUCGAAAAGGUUCAGAAGGUCCGUGUGUCGGCGGGAGAUCGCAGGGCGGACGGCUUUAUUAGUCUGGAAGGAGCAGCUACAAAGGGACAUCAACAUCUUCACGUCAAUGGCUACCCUCUCGAGUCGUCCGAGCUGCAGCUAGCUAUUGCCAAGCGGUUUGCCAACAGCCAGUUCUCCACGAUGGCCACCGACCUGAUGGACGAUGCGGCUAUGGGGAAGAAACGCCCGUCGCCUCGCCGUCUCGAGCGUCACCCCGUCUAUGUCCUGAGCCUUACUGUGCCGUCACAUGAGGUGGACGCGAUGUACGAACCGCGCAAGUCGACACUCGGUUAUAGGGACGGGGCAAAAAUACAGUCGUUUGUGGUCGCUGUCGUAGACGAUUUUCUCCGUCGUAACGGCUUUGGACCACGGCGCGAAGCGACUCUUUCCCCAGGUCCAAGUCCCCGGAAGCGCGCUGCAGCUAACAAUGGCUCACCAUUAUCACGGGCACACAAGAGGCGAGCCACGUCCGAACAGCCUCCGUCCGCGACUGGUAAGAGCAGGCUGUGGGACGACCUGCUCGCAGCUGUACCAGAGGGCCUAUCACCCAAGCCCCAGCCCGACCCUUUUGCCCAGCCUUGCUCCGACUGGAUCAACAAGCUUGUCAACCAGGUCGACGACGGCGUGAUCGUCAUCCCUUCCAGGAGGCGAUCCGCAGCACCCGUUCUAGGUGACGAGGAGCCGACGAGUUUGACAGGCGCGACGCCCAUGGUGGGCCCACCAACGGACAUUACCUUCCCCCGAACGAGCCUAGCGGUUCCACUGAUACUCGCCCAAGUGGACCGCAAGUUUGUGCCCUGUGUCCUGGACGCCGAUCCCGCUGCCGAUGGCCAGCCACGCAGUGCAUUGGUCGUGUUUGACCAGCACGCGGCGGAUGAACGUGCUGCGGUCGAGUCCAUCCUGGACACGCUGUGUGAGGGGUUUGCGACGAGCAACAUGGCCACGAGCGAGCUGCCGGAAGACCACGUCCGGCUCGUCCUCACACGCAAAGAGGUUGAAGUGCUAGAGCGUGAGGGCGUGCGGGACGUGCUUGAGCGCUGGGGUGUCCACCUAGCUCCAACCGAGAGUGUUGAGACGGACUAUGUCCAAGUUGGUGUGGUCAAAGUACCAUCCCUCCUCGACCGAUUGGCCCGGAAGGAGGGUACCGAGCUCACUCGUCUUCUCCGCCUGUAUCUCCCUGUGCUCGCAGAUGACAUUGGAGAACUGCAAGCCCUUAUUAUAAGCCUGGAGAGCGAGUCGGGAGGCGAAUUGGGCGAGGGUGGUUGGGCAAGAGUCCAGCGCUGGAUGCCGCGUGAGAUGGUGGAGCUGGCCAACUCGAAGGCCUGCAGAGGUGGGUCCCACUUGGCGCACUUAUCGACUUCUGACCCAGCAGGUGCCAUCAUGUUCGAAGACCGCCUCGACAACGACCAAUGCCACCGACUCCUCACCCGCCUCGCAACAACCAGGAAUCCAUGGGUGUGCGCGCACGGCCGUCCGACGUUCAUCCCCCUGUGUACUCUGCCAACGUCGUCUGCAUCACGUCCGGCCAGCCGACAACGCAUAGACUGGGCCUCAUGGAAUGAGACUUCAUGA